GCGACUCGGGAGCCCUUUCAGACGGUCGCGCCCAUCGACUCUGGCGCUGUCCCUCCGGAGGAAAAUGAGAUUUCAGGGUCCCCAGAGCCGCGAAAGAACCCCAGGCAGAGAAGAACGGUGAGAUCUUCGCCGAAGAACCGGGGUGAAGCAGCCUGUGUACCCCCGCUGUGCUUUCUCCUCCUUUCAAAGCUCGCGGGGAGCCCCAUCAUUCCAGCCUAGAAAGGUGGAAACCUUCCAGCAUGACUUCCAACUCUGAAAACCGGAACACCUACAUUACAGUUUACAUGCUCACUGUCCUAAUUGGCUUCCCCACCAACCUGUUGGCCCUCUAUGCUUUCAUCCAGAAGAUUAGAGUCAAGGCCACACCCAACUGCAUCCUUCUCCUCAAUCUGACCAUUUCUGAUCUCUGCUUCCUGGUUUUCCUCCUCUUCAAGCUUGCAGAGCAGAUUGCUGGCCGCUGGGCCUUCCCCACUUUUCUGUGUCCCUUUAGUGGUCUUGUCUACUUCAGCACCAUCUAUUCUAGCACGCUCUUCCUCACUGCGGUAAGCGUGGAGCGCUAUCUGGGGGUAGCGUACCCCAUCCAUUACAAGCUGAGGCGUCAUACAGCCUAUGCCCUCAUUGCCAGCCUGAGCCUUUGGAUCUGCUCUUUUGGCCACUGCAGCAUUGUGUAUGUCACUGAGUUGAAACGGGAAAACUAUUCCCUACCAAGUGUGCCCUCCAGUAAUGUCUGUUACGACAAUUUCACAGAGAAGCAACUCCAGCUCCUGCUCCCUGUUCGCCUGGAGCUCAGCAUUGUACUUUUCCUAGUGCCAUCCCUGAUCACCUGCUUCUGCUAUUUUGGCUUUAUAAGAAUCGUGAUCUCUUCACCACACAUCUGCAGGAGCAAAAAGCAACGAUCUGUGGGGCUGGUAGCAGCCACUUUAACUAUCUUCAUUGUCUGUUUUACACCCUACAACAUCUCCCAUGUGGUGGGUUUUGUUGAGUGGAAAAGUCCCGACUGGAGGAUCAACGUCUUGCUUCUCAGCACCUUCAAUGCCUGCUUGGACCCCAUCAUCUUUUAUUUUUCUUCUUCCGCUGUGCAGCGUUCAUGCCGUAGCUUUUGGACCAGAAUAAAACAGAUUUGCACGUUGCCUCCUUUGCUCCAUAAGCUCUUCAAUAGAAGGAUUGAGAGGACAGGUCCUCAGGAGCAGGUGUGCUCUUCCCGGCUAUGACCUCCCGUUUCUUGGAAGAUUGUCUUUGUAGGUCAAGUGGGCUGGCAAAAACAGUUCUGGGAAUUUACUGACAUUUCCAGCCAGGCCUCCAGACUUGAAGCUUUCACGUUGUGAAUGUUGUUAAUUGUAAUUUUGGCAGCUUUGAGUUGGAGAAUCUUAGCCAGAUUUCUCAUCUCUUCGUUCUUGAAACUUAGAAAUAAUAUUGCACAACUGCUGCCCUCAUAGACUGAUUGAAAAUGGGUUUCAUUAAAGCAAACAAAGAAAAUGGUGAAAUAUGUUGAGAACUUCAAAUGUACAGUAUAUACUCAGGUACUCCAGGCCUAAUUGCGAAAUGAAUUUUGGAGUUGUUCCAUUCUAUAUUUGAGUCUUAAUGGUAUCCAAGAGAUUUUCCAUCUUCAUCUAACUGGAGAUACACAUAAUUUGCAAAAGAGCUUUUAUUUCAGCUAUGAUAUUGUUGCGAUUCUCAUGGCAAUAGACAAUGAAUUGAGAAUCUUGGGAAAUGCAGAACCUGAUGCCUGGAUAGCACUACACAAGACAAUAGCAUCAUCUAGGAACUAGGGAAGGUCCUUAUAUGAGAUAUCCUUGUUGUUACAUCUGGUAGAUAAUUAAAAAAAAAAAAACCACAAGAGGGCAUAUGUAGCAAGGACAUGAGAGGAAAAGAACAGUUUUGAA